CUGGGCGGUGCCGGCGCAGGAGACGAUGCCGUUAAUCUUCCACAAUCUGUAAUUGAAAAUGUUGGUGGAAAAAUAUUUACAUUUGGAUCUUAUAGAUUAGGAGUACAUACAAAAGGUGCCGAUAUUGAUGCGUUGUGUGUUGCACCAAGACAUGUUGAUCGAAGUGACUUUUUCACCUCGUUCUAUGAUAAAUUGAAAUUACAGGAAGAAGUAAAAGAUUUAAGAGCUGUUGAAGAGGCAUUUGUACCAGUUAUCAAACUGUGUUUUGAUGGGAUAGAGAUUGAUAUUUUGUUUGCAAGAUUAGCACUGCAGACUAUUCCAGAAGACUUGGACUUAAGAGAUGACAGUCUGCUUAAAAAUUUAGAUAUAAGAUGCAUAAGAAGUCUUAACGGUUGCAGGGUGACCGAUGAAAUUUUACAUCUAGUACCAAACAUUGACAACUUCAGGUUAACCCUGAGAGCUAUCAAACUGUGGGCCAAACGCCACAACAUCUAUUCCAAUAUAUUAGGUUUCCUCGGUGGUGUUUCCUGGGCUAUGCUAGUAGCAAGAACUUGCCAGCUUUAUCCAAAUGCAAUAGCAUCAACUCUUGUACAUAAAUUUUUCUUGGUAUUUUCUAAAUGGGAAUGGCCAAAUCCAGUCCUAUUGAAACAGCCUGAAGAAUGCAAUCUUAAUUUGCCUGUAUGGGACCCAAGGGUAAACCCCAGUGAUAGGUACCAUCUUAUGCCUAUAAUUACACCAGCAUACCCACAACAGAACUCCACGUACAAUGUGUCCGUUUCAACACGGAUGGUCAUGGUUGAGGAGUUUAAACAAGGUCUUGCUAUCACAGAUGAAAUUUUGCUGAGUAAGGCAGAGUGGUCCAAACUUUUUGAAGCUCCAAACUUCUUUCAAAAGUACAAGCAUUAUAUUGUACUUCUAGCAAGUGCACCAACUGAAAAACAACGCCUAGAAUGGGUGGGCUUGGUGGAAUCAAAAAUCCGAAUCCUGGUUGGAAGUUUGGAGAAGAAUGAAUUUAUUACACUGGCUCAUGUGAAUCCCCAGUCAUUUCCAGCACCCAAAGAAAAUCCUGACAAGGAAGAAUUUCGCACGAUGUGGGUGAUUGGGUUAGUGUUUAAAAAAACAGAAAACUCUGAAAAUCUCAGUGUUGAUCUCACCUACGAUAUUCAGUCUUUCACAGAUACAGUUUAUAGGCAAGCAAUAAACAGCAAGAUGUUUGAGGUGGACAUGAAAAUUGCUGCAAUGCAUGUAAGAAGAAAGCAACUCCAUCAACUACUGCCUAAUCAUGUGCUUCAGAAAAAGAAAAAACAUUCAACAGAAGGUGUCCGGUUGACCCCUCUGAAUGACAGCAGCCUCGACCUGUCUAUGGACAGUGAUAACAGCAUGUCUGUGCCUUUGCCGACCGGUGCUGCGAAGACCAGCCCGCUGCACAGUUCCGGCAGCUCUCAGGGAAACAGUCCUGCUCCAGCUGUAACAGCAGCAUCUGUGACCAACAUACAGGCUACUGAAGUUUCUGUGCCACAAGUAAAUUCCAGUGAAAGCUCAGGGGGUACAUCGAGUGAAAGCAUUCCUCAAACUGCCACACAACCAGCCAUUUCAUCACCACCAAAGCCUACGGUCUCCAGAGUUGUUUCUUCAACACGUCUGGUAAACCCACCACCAAGACCUUCAGGAAAUGCAGCAACAAAGACACCUAAUCCUAUAGUAGGAGUCAAGAGGACAUCCUCACCUCAUAAAGAGGAGAGUCCCAAGAAAACCAAAACAGAAGAGGAUGAAACAAGUGAAGAUGCUAACUGUCUUGCUUUGAGUGGACAUGAUAAAACAGAAACAAAGGAACAACUUGAUACAGAGACAAGUACAACUCAAUCAGAAACCAUUCAGACAGCGGCUUCUCUGUUGGCCUCUCAGGUACUAAGUGCAAAAAGCAAGGAGAAUUUUAUAAAUGUUGUUAAGAUUAGUGUUGUAUAAUGAAUGAAAAUGAGC